AUGGCAUCCGAGGGACCAAAAUCGCCAACUCUAGCCGAGUUACCGAAGAUUCCCACUGAGAUAGCGGAAGGCGUUACGAAAGGGCUUGAUUUGAAGCAUGUUGAGACGCAAGAAAAGAAUUAUCUACCGUCAUCGAAAGAUGUUUACAGUGAGAAGGUUGAUGCUGAGUUGAAAGAAGAGAUCAAAUCGCCAAAACUCAAACUCAAACAUGCUGAUACAAUCGAGAAGAACGUUCUUCCAACACCAGAAGGUUGA